GUAAGGAGAGCAGGGGGGUGUGACAAUUCAGCAGAGGUCGGGACGUACCACGGAGCCCAGUGGCGGCGGGGGGGGCAGAGGACGUGGUCACCGAGGGGAGCCCCCGCCCCCCUUCGCAGAGGCCUAUGGCUGGGGUUGCAGGAAGAACUGGAACUGGGCUGGCCGUAGGGGGAAGCGGCGAGUUAAAUCCGCCCCCUCUACAUACCCUACUUUCAAGGGGUGGGCGGUAGAGGGGAGGUUGGGGUUGGAGCAGCGGCGAGGGGGCCCCUCCCUUGCACCUCCCUCCACCGGACUUGGUCGCGCCCGAAGUGUAACACUUUCUCUUUGUCGGAGGAGCUCCUCUGUUUCCUGUGCGGUAGCUCCCGUUGCGGCGGCACCCGUGGCAGCCCUGGCGGACGCAGGAGCGAUGGCAGCGACCGAUGUAGCUCGCCAGGUGGGUGAAGGUUGCCGAACUGUCCCCCUGGCUGGACAUGUGGGGUUUGACAGCUUGCCUGACCAGCUGGUGAAUAAGUCCGUCAGCCAGGGCUUCUGCUUCAACAUCCUGUGCGUGGGAGAGACAGGUUUGGGCAAGUCCACCCUCAUGGACACCUUGUUCAACACCAAGUUCGAAGGGGAGCCAGCCACCCACACACAGCCAGGUGUCCAGCUCCGGUCUAAUACCUAUGACCUCCAAGAGAGCAACGUGGGGCUAAAGCUCACGAUCGUUAGCACAGUUGGCUUUGGAGACCAGAUCAACAAAGAGGACAGCUACAAACCCAUUGUGGAAUUCAUUGACGCACAAUUCGAGGCCUACCUGCAGGAAGAGCUGAAGAUCCGAAGAGUGCUGCACACCUACCAUGACUCCCGAAUUCACGUCUGCCUGUAUUUCAUUGCCCCCACGGGUCAUUCCCUGAAGUCUCUGGACCUAGUGACUAUGAAGAAGCUGGACAGUAAGGUGAACAUCAUCCCUAUCAUUGCCAAAGCAGAUGCCAUUUCGAAGAGUGAGCUAACAAAGUUCAAAAUCAAAAUCACCAGCGAGCUUGUCAGCAACGGAGUCCAGAUCUAUCAGUUUCCUACAGAUGAUGAAUCGGUGGCAGAGAUCAACGGAACCAUGAACGCCCACCUGCCUUUCGCUGUCAUCGGCAGCACAGAAGAACUGAAGAUAGGCAACAAGAUGAUGAGGGCGCGACAGUAUCCUUGGGGCACUGUGCAGGUUGAAAACGAGGCCCACUGCGACUUUGUGAAGCUGCGUGAGAUGCUGAUUCGGGUCAACAUGGAGGAUCUGCGGGAGCAGACCCACACCCGGCACUAUGAGCUGUAUCGCCGCUGUAAGCUGGAGGAGAUGGGCUUCAAGGACACCGACCCUGACAGCAAACCCUUCAGUUUACAGGAGACAUAUGAGGCCAAAAGGAACGAGUUCCUAGGAGAACUCCAGAAAAAAGAAGAGGAGAUGAGACAGAUGUUCGUCCAGAGAGUCAAGGAGAAAGAAGCGGAGCUCAAAGAGGCUGAGAAAGAGCUGCACGAGAAGUUUGACCGUCUGAAGAAACUGCACCAGGAUGAGAAGAAGAAGCUGGAGGAUAAGAAGAAAUCCUUGGAUGAUGAAGUGAAUGCUUUCAAACAGAGAAAGACGGCAGCCGAGCUGCUCCAGUCCCAGGGUUCCCAGGCUGGAGGCUCACAGACUCUGAAGAGAGACAAAGAGAAGAAAAAUAACCCAUGGCUGUGUACUGAAUAGUAUUCCCCGCUACAGCUGGACUGGACUCCAUUUAGCCUUUUAAGCCAAGGUUCCUAUUUUAACUGACAGCUUUCCUUCGGGGUGCCAGGCAGCCAGGCCCCCCACCCCUACCCUGCCAUGUACUUCAAGCUCACUUCUUCUUUUUGAGUUCUGCAACCUGCUCCGGCCUCCCAGUCCCCUGGCACUGACUGUGACCACCACCUUCUUCUUCUUUUUUUUUUUUUUUUUUUUUGAGUUUCUUUUUUUGAUCACUUACUUUCAAAGCACACAGUCAAACAAGAUUAUGCCAAAUUUCCAGGCCUUUUCAAAGUAUUGAGAAGAGGAAGGGGAUUUCUUGCCUCAAUUAUAGAUUAUAAUAGAAAGUGAAAAGAAAAGAAAAAUGAAAAGCAAACAUAUGCACUUGCUUGCUGGCAAAGCAAGAGUAAAGGUUUGCUGUGCGCCAUUUGGUGAUCUACUGAUUGAUGAGUGACCAGAGUAAGUACGAAGGUGAUGCCAAAGCACAAGCCAGUUUCCUGGGAAAAUUCAAGUCACGGUGGAGUAUUUUUUUUUUUUUUUUUUUUUUUUUUUAAGACUGUAUGCUUGGAGGUAGAAACAAACCAACAACCAGAAAAAAAAAAAAAGCUGCUCAGAUACUGAGCCAGUAGCUCAGAGAGAUGCUGAGUUAGGCCUGUCAGGUCUCCUUGGGAAAGUCUUCUUAUUUGCAACUUUGAUGAUUCUGUGUCCAGCUUCAGAGCUGCUUUCCCAGAAAUUCACACCUAAACAGCCAACCGGUAAUCAUCAGCCCUCUCACCCGCCCGGUAAUUAUUUGCAUUGCAAACCUGAGGCGCCCUCAUUUGCAUUUGUGUACAGAUUAAGUCUUGAGAAGCUCUGAAUACUUCAAAAGUAUUAGACCCGCACAGCCUUGGGGAGACCUUCAGAAACUAAGGAGGAGUUUUACAUUAAGGGAGACAUUUUAGUUGGUAAGACAAUAGGACCUACUUAAGUCUGGAAGGGGAACUGAAGGCCCAGAGAAGGGAAGUGACUUGACUGAGGUCCCACUGCUGUUUCAACGCAGAAGCCAGACUAAUUUCCAUGCCUCCUGACUCCCAAUCCAUUUCACAAAGAGAUUCAAUCUGCUUAUAUAUGUUCCUGGAGACGAGGUCUUUUGAUGAUCAGAGAAACUGAGUAGUUAGUGUUAGAAGACCCUUGAGUUUUUUCCCACAGAAAAACAUCUGAAGAUGGAGUGAGUGAGGAGUGGCAAAGCAAAGGCAUAAUGGGCCAGCUUCUUAACCCAGUGAUGCUGCAAGGCUGGAAUGGGGUCCAGGAGACUGUGUGGAAAAGGUGCCCUAGGUGACCCUUAUAAUCAGGGAACUUGAUAAACAAAAAUCUAACCCGUGAGUGAAUGUAAUUUAAAAAGUUGAUCAAGCCUAUUAAAGUGUGUAUUUAAUUGGAUAGCUUUUCUCACUUUAGACAGAUUUUUUCCUCCUUCAAUGAAAAGGCUUUUAAUUAGUACAGCUGUUACUAUUUUUAAAAAACAUACCGUUAGUACUCUGUUUACCUCUGGUGAAACAAAACCAGUCAUUAGAAAUGGUCUGUGCUUUUAUUUUCCCAGACUGGAGUGGCUUUUCUGAAACAGCACACACACACACACACACACACACACACGCGCGCGCGCACACACACACACCCUCUCACUUCUCUUAUGCCAAGUUUGCUUUCCCUAGCUGCAGUGUAGAUGGCUCUUGUUUUUGUUUUUUUAUUUUAAUCAUUUGGCAUUCAUAUGUGGCUGUUAAUAUGUGCUUGUUUUUAAUUAAAACAAGAAGCUUUAAA